AUGUCUCGAUUAAAUCAAUAUCAAGAUACACGUUCUGUUUUUUUUGUUGCCGAUUUUGCUAAAUCAAAAGGUAAUUAUAUUGUGGAUGCAGAUGGCAAUAUCUUGUUAGAUGUUUUUGCGCAAAUCGCUUCUAUUCCUGUGGGUUACAAUAAUCCCGCAUUUUUGGCUCUUGGACAGCAACCUGCUUUUCAAACUGCCUUAGCCAACAGAGCUGCACUCGGAGUAAACCCAAAUGUUGAUUGGGUUGAUUCUGUUGAGCAAGCCUUUAUGGCCGUCGCACCCCAAGGUAUGGAUAAUGUUUUUACCGUCAUGUGCGGAUCUUGCGCCAACGAAAAUGCGUUCAAGACAGCAUUCAUGUAUAAGGCAGCCAAGCGAAGAGGUGACCGUGACUUUAAUCUUCAAGAAAUUAAUUCUUGUAUGAAGAACGAAGCUCCAGGAUCUCCAGAUGAUAUGACAAUUCUCAGUUUCAACCAGGGUUUUCACGGAAGAUUGUUUGGAUCCUUGACAGCUACUGCUAGUAAAGCAAUUCAUAAGUUAGAUAUUCCUGCUUUUGACUGGCCCAAGGCUACGUUCCCUCAAUUAAAGUAUCCAUUAGGCGAGCACGUUGAACAUAAUAAGCAAGUUGAGGCAGCCGCUUUAAAGGAGGUUGAGGAAUUGAUUACCAAAGCUAAGAAGCCCGUAGCUGCAGUUGUGAUUGAACCUAUUCAAUCUGAAGGAGGUGAUAACCACGCCUCACCUGACUUUUUCAGAAAACUUCAAUCAAUCUGUCAAAGUAAUGACGUAUUGUUCAUUGUGGACGAAGUGCAAACAGGAGUUGGUGCGACCGGUACAUUCUGGGCCCACGAAGCUUGGAACCUACCUAGUCCACCUGAUAUGGUUACAUUUUCCAAAAAAUUCCAAGCCGCUGGAUUUUACCUCAGUCCCCGUCUUCGUCCCGCUCAAGCUUAUCGUCUUUACAACACAUGGAUGGGAGACCCAGUAAGAGCUAUGCAAGCUGCUGCUAUUGUACAAGAGAUUAAAGAUAAAGAUCUUUUGACCAACGUACAAGAGGUUGGUAAGUAUCUUCAGGAGAAUUUGACAGAGAUGACCAAGUAUACACCCAUCAGUAACAUUCGUGGUCAAGGUGCCUUCAUUGCUUUUGAUUUACCUGAUGGCCAAAAGCGUGAUACUUUUCUGUCGGACAUGCGCCAACGAGGUGUAAAUAUCGGUGGUUGUGGUGAUCGUACAGUUCGUCUUCGUCCUAUGUUAACCUUCCAACGCCCUCAUGCUGACAUCUUAUUGGACACCAUGAAGGAUUCUUUUGCAUAA